CUACCACAGAUUUCGAUUCCAGCAUACAAUUCCGUCACGAUUACCCUUCUGACGACUCUUCGCGCCCUAUUUUAUCGCCUCAACGGUUACAGUUAUCGCCAAUUGAAUAUUCUAGCGUAUAUUCUAAUCCUUCAGCAUAUUCAUCUUCUACAUCUCUUGCUAGUAUGGUUUUUGCUCCAGCAAGCCCCAGCUCACCUCAAUAUGAUAAACCCCCGGUACCCACUUCUUCUAAACCCAGCUUCAACCUAUCGCAGCACCAAUUAAAGAAGAGCUCACCUAUUCCAUCACCGUCACCACCGCCACAGUUUACUUCCGAACCGUUUCUUCUUCCACCGACCACGAAUAUCCUUGAUGCCAAUGAACGAGCGGGUCGCAUACGCAGAAAUCGAAAGCUUGCGCAGCUUUUCGGUCGCGCACCUGGCGCGAACUUGUUAGCUGUCACGGAUAAGGAAGAAGUGAGGUCAUCCCGGCCUUUACCACAGCUUCCUGUCCCGCCUUUGAUCAGCCCGGUGAAGCAUCGUCAUGCAAUGUCUGUGUCUGUUCCUCUCCACAGUCCUAGUCUAGUUCCAGAGUGCACUUCACCGUGGCAGUUGUUGGACAACCCAUGGUCUUCUGACAACAGAAGACACUCAGCUCCUUUAAGUCCUCAAGGCUCCACUUUUUCAGUCGACUCCCCCACAACGUCAAAUAAUGUCAACGUCGACAGGAGAAAUUAUGAGAGGACUCAACUUGACGAAACUAUACUUCGUCAUCGAACUCCAUCCAGGAAUCAAACCGCUGCAUCUCCAACCUCAUUCAUAGAUCUAUCAGAUGAAGAUGUUCCGAAUGAUGAUGUGUCCGCCAUCAUCGCUAUGGAGACUCCCAAGAAGGCAGAUAGGCGCCAAGGAUUCCCUUAUUCGCCUUCGACUCCCUCGCUCAUCGACGGCAUGUCACCCGAAGAACUGGCAGAACGGGAAAGGCGGCGUAAGAGGGAUAAGUUGGCAAAACUCCACCGUUUCCUUGGAUCACGAGUACCCGCAGACCUCGUACUUGGUCCUCUGGAUAGCCCAUCACUGCCUCCAACUUCGUUCUCUCACUCUACGUCCGACAUGUCUCGGGACGACGCUCGUAAAGCUUGGGUGAGGCAGCAACGACGAAGCAGCUCAGCUGGCGCACUGCCUAUGGGAUCUCUCAACGACCACUUUGAUAGGAUCAAAGAGGAGCUAGGUGAGGAAGAGAAGGCUCUGAAUGUGAGGCGGGCGCAAAAAAUGGAGAAGGUAUUUGGCAUACCCCCUCCGCAGACCUUGUACCAUACUCGUCACUCUCCAUCCAUCUCGACGCCUCCCGCUCCCCAGAUCAGUCCAAUAGCUGUUUCUAUCCCGUCUCCUUUCAUCCUUCCAAGCGAUCUUCCUGCGUCACCUCAGCGCAAUCCUAAUCAGUCUGCAUAUACGAAACUGAAAGGAAGGAAGUCUCACCGUCCUGGUACUUCGGAGUCGACGCAGAACCUGCUGAGGGCGGUGUCGCCU